AUGAAGGGUGAAGAGAAAAGCGUCCCUGCUUCUGAGACGCAGAACGUACAAGAAUUUGAGCUGGAGCGACCGCGCGGUGAGGACAACGUCGAGAACCUUCUCGCCAAUAGCAAAAGGAACAGCACUUCUGGAAACAAGAAGGGCUUUCUUGAUGAGGUUAAAGAAUCUACUGCGGAGGUGGAUGAUGAUGUUGAUGACGUUGACGAGGAUAAAAACAGCGAAGAAGAAGACCAAGAACCUGUUGCUUCCAUGCCGCUCCCGCCGAUCGUUACUCCGGCAGAGUACAUGGAAAUGACAUAUGGGGACAUGACUAUACACUAGAAAAGUUUACAAAUAUAUAUCUGAAAGAAUAAAUUUUUGAGAUCUUCAUCUCCCGCUUUAUUUUUUGCGAUGGGCUCUACCUUUGACUUUGUGUUUAUGGAAGCUCGGCGUGUGGCACAUUCGCACUCUUUUAGCAACCGUAAACAAGGUCGAAGUCCAGCAGACGAAGAAGCUGAGCCUGAAGCUGCAUCGAGCUGAUGCACUUUGGCAAGACAAAAGAAUCAAAAUUCAAUAAAUUUUGAAUUUUAUUAUAAUGAAAUUCAAUGUGAGAAAUGCAGGGCGUUGAAAUGAAGAUGCAAAAUACGUGUGAUGAUGUCUGCAACAAAGCACUUUGAUUUUUGUUUUUGUUUUUGCAGACAGUUACUCGCAGGCCAUAAGAGGCGAGCAAAGGCUUGUUUUUGUUUUUGCACAAUUUUGGGAUGUAACAUUUUGUUUUACGAACCUCGCAGGAUGACCAAGGCCUGUGGCCGACGUUUGCUGCACAUGAAAUUGAAAAAAGCUGUAUCGAUGAGAUUUUUACAUGACCGCCUGUGGAUAUGAAAAGCAAAUUGUGCCUCUAUCCGCAGUGUUGUCGUGCGAAAAAUGUAAGAUGUGAACUGGCAACACCCGUGUAUGAUGAGGCGAAAAGAAGUAUGAAGCCUAAGAAGCUUCCGAAAGCAAAAGCAUUGAAUACAAUAAAUGUACCAUCCAUCCGACCGACAAAUGAAGCGCUAAAGGAAAAAGGUGAGUAAUCGCGUUUCCACCCUGCCGCAUAACUACAAACAAACAACAAACAAGAUAAAGGCAGUAGGUAGAACAUGAACAUGGCAAAAGAACCUAAAACCCACCCUAGGAAGAAGUCGAUCAUGGAACUCAAGUACUUCAGAGCUAGUCUGGCAUGUUGACCGUAGUGGUCUUUUGAUUUUGCACAGUAACUCCGACGUCUACGGUAACAUGCCGAGAAGCGAAUACGAAAUGUAUGGAUGAAAUGAAACUGUGAUGAACAAGAAGUACUGAAAGUACGUGACGAAUCUGAAGAAGAAAAAGUUGGAGCCUAGGAAGAAGAGCAC